CCCCUCCCCAUCUUCGUCUUGGGCUUCUUCUUCUUGAGCUCGAUCUUGUGUUUUCUUUCUUUCGCGCCCGAAAAUUGAACAACUAACCGUGCCUUCUUGCUGCUGCUGGUUCCAGUCAGCUGGCUUCGAUCCGAGUCCGACCAUAGACAUGGACUCCCCGCAGAAAAAUCUUGGAUCCAUGGAUGCCAAGAAGACGAUGGCCGCUCGUCCGUUCCAGGAAGACGAUGCCAAGAAGAUGAUGGCCGCUCUUCUGCUGCUUGUGACGCUGGCCAAGAAGACGAUGGCGGCUCGUCAGUUCCAGGAAGCUACCCGGCUGGCCAGCGCUUGGGCGCUCGUCAACGCCGCCCACUUCCCCGUCUCCUACGCCUUGGGCUCCGCCAUCUUCUACGCACUCUGCUACCUGCAGCUGCUGUGCCGCGAUUCAUGCGAGGAGGAGGACGCCAUGCACCGCCCCCUCUGGAUCGGGCAGUUGUGCUGCGCCGCACUCCAGGCGGCCACGGCGGCGCUGGCUCUGCUGCUCCCGCGCCGUCGCCGCCGGAUCCGCCGUGCCCUUGCCUACCUCGCCGUCGCGGUCGCCAUCGUCAACCACUGUUUGUUGGCCAGCAUCGCCCACCUCUUGCUCAUCCCCUUGAUCGUAUACGCGGCGCUGCUGCUGCUGCUGCUACUCCCGUGCCGUUGCCGCCGGAUCUGCCAUGCCCUCGCCUACCUUGCGGUGGCGGUGGCGGCCGUCAUCAUCGGCUGCUGUAUUUUGGCGAGCUUCGUCCCCAUCGCCGUCGACACAGGACUAGGCAAGCUCAUCCUUUUGAUCGUCUACGUGGCGGCCAUGUUCAUCCUGGCGGUGGGCGACCUCAGCUUCCUGGCCCUGCUCCUGGGAGGGGAAUUCCCCUGGGAGUUCCGGUGAGGAGUAGCUGCUGAUCGGUCAGCCGCAAGCUCAUGUCGUCCAUCGAUCAGCUCAUGAGGUACUGACGCACGUAACGAUCGACUUGCGGGGAAUAUUAAUAUUGAUGUGGUGCACUUCAUCUGCCUAGUAUUGGACCUUAAUUUGAUGCUGAAUUAGCCUGUUAUUUGUGUGAUCGAGAUAUGCUAUGAGUAGUACUGAUGAACAAGCUAUAUGUAUGGAGUCUUUGAUGAACAAGCUAUAUAUAUGGAGUCUUUGAUGUAGUAUUAA